AUGCCUAGAGAGCAAUCCGAGGAAGCUCAAUGGUGGUUCGAGGCUGUCUACUCAGCUGUUCAACAGAUUCCUUACGGCAAAUGCACCUCCUACGGCCAUGUUGCUCUCCUUCUUGGCUUUCCACGUCGGGCUCGUCAGGUAGGGGUCUGUCUCAAACAUUUGUCAACAUUCGAUCCCAAUGAGCCUGACAAAUUCUUCUAUCAUGAUCAAAACGUGCCGUGGCAAAGAGUGGUCAAUGCCAAGGGUGGUAUCAGCCCACGAGGGGACGGUGGAGCGGCUGCAAACAGACAAGCCGAGAGGCUACGAGCAGAAGGGGUUGAGGUCAACGACGCGAGAGGCGUGGAAGACAUGAGCGUGGAUUUUGGCAGGUUCGCAUGGUUUCCAAAGAGGUUGCCGAAUGAGGAGAGCGACAGCGACGACGCGCGAGAGGAUGAUUGA